AUGAUCUCAGCCCUGUACGAGCGCUUCUCUGCUCAGAUCCGAGGCGCUGUGGACCUGUCCCAGUACAGGAGGACCGCUGCAGGAUCCAGCCGAGAGUUGGUGAAGAAGGUGUCGGACGUCAUAUGGAACAGUCUAAGUCGAUCGUAUUUCAAAGACCGUGCCCACAUUCAGUCACUCUUCAGUCUUAUCACUGGUACAAAACUGGACAGCUCUGGAGUUGCAUUUGCUGUGGUUGCAGCUUGUCAGGUUCUUGGUUUGAAGGAUGUCCAUUUGGCUUUGUCAGAAGAUCACGCAUGGGUAAUUUUUGGGAAAAACGGUGAGGAGACGGCAGAGGUGACGUGGCACGGAAAGGGGAAUGAAGACCGCAGAGGACAAACUGUAAAAGCAGGUGUCAAUGAGAAGAGCUGGCUGUAUUUAAAGGGCUCCUACAUGAAAUGUGAUAGAAACAUGGAAGUGGCCUUCAUGGUUUGUGCCAUUAACCCCUCACUGGACCUGCACACUGACAGCUCUGAGCUGCUACGACUACAGCAGAAACUGCUCUGGCUGCUGUAUGAUAGAGGUUACUUAGACCGAUAUCCCAUGGCCAUGGGUACACUAGCAGACCUGGAAGAUCAGGACCCUAUCCCAGGAAAGGACAACCCCUUAAAUAUUCACCUCAAGGCUGUGAGCUCUUCCCAGAAGUACUAUAACAACGAGCACAUUUACCCGUACAUGUACUUGGCUGGGUUCCACUACAGACACAGGAAUGUACGCGAGGCUUUGAAAGCUUGGUCUGAAGCGGCCCAGGUCAUGCAGGAGUAUAACUAUUUCCGUGAAGACGAAGAGAUCUAUAAAGAGUUCUUCGACAUCGCCAACGACGUCAUCCCCAACCUGCUCAAGGAGACGGCGACUGAGAGCGCAGCAGAGGGGGCUGACGCAGGGGAUGUGGCCGACCAGGAAAAGCAGGAGACGGCCCUGCAGGACUCUGAAUGCUUCGCACACCUGCUGCGCUUCUAUGACGGCAUCUGUAAGUGGGAGGAGGGCAGCCCCACUCCGGUCCUUCAUGUGGGCUGGGCCACUUACCUGGUGCAGUCUCUCAGCCGCUUUGAAGCUCAGGUGCGGCAGAAGGUGUCCAUAGUCGUGAAAGAGGUGGAGUCUCAGGAGGAAGACGACCAGUCCAGCGACAACCCCGGAGAGGGCCGCCGACGCGUCCCCCGUCGAGAAACCAAACUGGAUGAACCCGGCGCCUCCCCUCCACCCGCUCCCCCCACCUCUCCCCCGCCCCCUCCCGCUCCCACGGCCCAGCCCAAGAAGGUGGCAGAGGGAGCAGGUCGACGGCGCUCGUCCCUGGGCGUCCGCUCCGGAGACAGUGAAGGAAAACCCAAGUCCCCCAGCCCUGAGCCAACCCACUCCCCCCUCCCACCCCCACCACAUCAGCAGCAGAGCCCCCCAGGGUCCUGCCCCAGGCCCGUGGUGGUUUUCCAGAGCGAGAAGAUGAAGGGCAUGAAGGGGCUGCUGUGUGCGGCCAAGGUGAACUCUAGCGCCAUCAAGCUGCAGCUGACAGCGCAGUCGCAGGUGCAGAUGAAGAGGCAGAAGAGCACCGCCGCAGGGGACUACUCCAUGUCCUUUCUAAAACGCCAGCGCAAAUCUCUCUAG